CCCCCACGGCGAGUGCGGCGCUGGCGUGGGCACUGCGGCCGCCUCUCUCAGCUCUAGUCAGGCGCCUGUCCUUCUCUAAGACCGACAGCCGUAGGCCGCCGGGGGGCGGGGGAUGCCGGGCUGCCGCAUCAGCGCCUGCGGCCCAGGGGCCCAGGAAGGGACGGCAGAACCGGGGUCCCCCCCGCCGCCGCCCCGGGAGCCCCUAGGGUCCCCUCAACCCCCGCCCCCUACUCCGACCUUGACCCCGACUCCCCCUCAUUCCCCGCCGCUGUCCCAGGCGGCCCCGGCGUCUGCUGGCGCGGCCGAGGGUCAGGAGCUGCAGCGCUGGCGCCAGGGCGCUAGUGGGGGCGCCGCAUUGCCCGGGUCGGCUGGAGGCGCGGGUGCGGCGGGGGGCCGCGCGCUGGAGCUGGCCGAGGCGCGGCGGCGGCUGCUGGAGGUGGAGGGCCGCCGGCGCCUGGUGUCGGAGCUGGAGAGCCGUGUGCUGCAGCUGCAUCGCGUCUUCCUGGCGGCCGAGCUGCGCCUGGCGCACCGCGCCGAGAGCCUCAGCCGUCUGAGCGGCGGCGUCGCGCAGGCCGAGCUGUACCUGGCGGCGCACGGCUCGCGCCUCAAGAAGGGCGCCCGUCGCGGUCGCCGCGCCCGCCCGCCAGCGCUGCUCGCCUCUGCGCGUGGCCUGGGCGGCUGCGUGCCCUGGGGGGCCGGGCGGCUGCGGCGGGGCCACGGCCCGGAGCCCGACUCGCCCUUCCGCCGCAGCCCGCCCCGCGGCCCCGCCUCCCCGCAGCGCUGACCCCGGCGCGGGACCCAGCGGCCCAGACGAGCCCUCGCCGGCGGAUGGCGUCGCCUACGCAGGUGGACGGAGUGAACGACCGCGGGAGGACACUGUCGGGGUCCAGGGGCACAGUAAAGGAGGCUGAGCUCCUCCUAAUUCUUCAGAGCCUCUGCUCUGUGGAUCUGGACUCCUGGAUUCUUCUGUUCCUUCCCUGGACACUUCCUUCAGGAAGACUUUAAGAACUGGCCCUUAUGGGAGUGCUCAUCUCACAGUGACAAGGAGCUGGCUUCUGGGGCACACUGAAUUUUUAUGCCACAUUUGCUUACACUAUACAACUGGAUAUGUUACCACAGGGCUGAGAUGCAACAGGAUUAUUUGAGAGUGAAGGAAAAGAUUCCAGUGUGACCAUGGAAAGGAUUUCUUUUACAGAGUCAUCAUCCUUAAGCAAGUCUUGGCACAGCUGGAGUCCACAUUUUGGUAGAUGUCAUUGCUUCCUAAUCUAAUGGUGCCAGGAGGCCUGUUUGAGGGAAUACACUAAGAAACAGUUUCCCUCACCUACUGUCCUUGUUUUCCCUAUGUGGGGUGUGCCUGUGGCCUCCCCACCGACAAUCAUCUGAUGCCUUCUCAGAGGGAGGCACAUCUCUUUCUCAGGAAGAGGUAGUGGCAACAUAAAGCUUCCAAGCAAAGUUUUAAAUGUAGUAUCCUAAAAAAGAGGGAAGGGGACGCGUUUAUUCACACAUAACUCAACACUUGUAGAAUCCUGCAAAGUGAAUGUAUAUCGAAUCUGUCCCCUGACACAUACAUGCAGAAAGAAUAAAUUUCAAUAAUGUAAGAUGAAA